UUCUUACGACUACGACUUUACGACUUCUAUGUAGAUGAGGCUUUAAGAGUAGAUAUUCAAGUAUUUCCAAUUUCGUGCACUUUUGUCUAAGAUUGUACGUCCAAUACAUCCUUAACGUUUGAUCAACUUGAAUUGAACAUUUUAUAAAACAGAAUAUUCAUAGAAAUACAAAUGACUUAUGAGAACUUUUGAGAAAUUCUUGAAAUUUAGAUAGUGCCACCUCUUUGCCGAUCAUGUUCUCCCGAUACAUCGAAAAAAACGGAGCAGCCACCGGCUGCUUCACGCCGAUUGGAUCGAACUUUUAUAUCUGCGCUGCGAUAGAACCAUUCAUCUCGAUCUAAAAGUUAUAGCCCAAUCACAGCGCAAAGCGCUCGAACGCGGCCAAUGUGGGCGAUCGAGUGGCCACUCAGCGAUAGGCGCAUUUCCCCCCGUUCGCAAACGAGUCUCAAGUAAGCUCGUAUCCCAUGGCUGACUCCAGUGGCCACCGCAGAAAAUCCAAUAUGGUGUCCGUCGUUCAGCGGUUUACUUCGGAUGUCCGUAUUUCGGAGUAAAAUUCUCGUCCGGCGACCGCGUGGCUAGCAAUAAUUAUGAAAAUUCGAUUGAAAGCGCCACGCCGCACGUGAAAACUCUCAUGCCACUGUGUCUCGCGCACGAUCGGCGGCCGUGAAGGGGCUCGAGUACGUCGCGGGGACACGGAGUGAGUCGCGAUUCCCCUGCGUUGUUCUCUUCCUCAGCGCAGACGGAGAAUCUUGAGAGAUAAAGGGGAUAGGGAAAAUUGAUAAAUGGACACCGGCAAGAUGGAGGGUGCCGUGGAGGCGGCCGACCCGGAGGCGGCCGGGAGGAUCAGGGCGAUGAAACGGGACUCGAUAGCGGACGUCACAACCUUAGACAUCAAGUCACGUCUCAGUUUGGAGACGACGGAGGCUUGCGGCGAGCCGCACGUCAACGGGGUGGUACAAGUCAACGGUAUCUGCGACUCCCCCCAAAGAACUGCCGCUGUCACCGAUCUCACUCAGCAAUCUAAAACAAUGGAAACUAGUCAUUUAAACCAACAUGAACAAGCAGGAACAUUAUCCAUGGAAAGUAAAGACAACGAUAUCCAAUAUGUUAGCUAUACAAGUGAAUUACAAAUGCCUGAUAUUAUGAAAUUAAUACAGAAGGACCUAAGUGAACCGUAUUCUAUUUACACAUAUAGAUAUUUUAUUCAUAACUGGCCGAAAUUGUGCUUCCUGGCGAUGCAUGGUGAAGAGUGCGUUGGUGCCAUUGUCUGCAAACUAGACAUCCACAGGAAGGUGAUAAAGCGCGGCUACAUCGCGAUGCUGGCGGUUGACGUGAAAUAUCGGAAACGGAAGAUCGGAUCGAACCUGGUGAGGCAAGCUAUCCAAGCGAUGGUAGAGGACGACGCCGACGAGGUAGUCCUGGAGACGGAGAUCACUAACAGGCCGGCGCUGCGCCUGUACGAAAAUCUCGGAUUUGUGCGGGACAAACGAUUAUUUCGAUAUUACUUAAACGGCGUGGAUGCGUUGCGACUGAAAUUAUGGCUCAGGUGAAAUUCAUCCGCGUGCUUAUGUCAAUAGGUAUUUAAAUAAUUACAAUGUUGAAGAGAUGUAACACCUAUGCUCUACCACAUCGGGCAAACGGGCGACAUUAAUGUCAAAGAGAUUAUAUAUAUGUUUCUACGUGCACAAAUAUGUUUUCAGUUGCAAUAUUGUGCGACUUAUCCUCUGUACUUUCUCGAGAAGAAAGUGUUUAUCUAGUUAGGUUAUUUAUGUCGAAAAAUGUAACGCAGUUGACGAACUUUGUGUUGCAACAAGAUUAUAUCUGCUUGGAAA